AAGCCCUACAUAUAGCGAUGCCGGCAGUGCUUCAAACUCUUCCAACCAAACAGGAUGACAACCAAAGUUUGCCCGAAUAAUGGUGGACUAGUACCAAACCAAGAAGAUAAGAAACCCUACCUUCUUCAAUUACCAGACCACAUAAUAGCAGAGAUCUUGUGCAAACUUCCAACCAAAACGCUCGUCCAAUGCCAGCUUGUGUGCAAGUCUUGGCGCUGUUACCCCCAGUUAUCUAGAGACCUGUUUUCACGAACACCCACAUGCCUUUUGGUCCACGACUGGAGCCCGUGCUGCAAAUUGUUGACAUUGGUAGACCUCAAAAGCAACUUUAUUCAAGAAGAUGUCGUAAUGAGGUUUCGUAGUGAUGGAAAUCCCAUGUACAAUCAGUCACAUGGAACUAUUGUGGGUUCAUGCAAUGGCUUCCUUUUUCUAUACCAUUUUGCCUCGACUUUCUGUGGUAGGAGGCGUUUUUACAGCAUAUCCAAUCCCUUGACCGGUGAGUCUUUAUCUUUUCCACCUACUGAUACUGGUGAACAGAAUGAUAUUAAAGAUUUUGGUUUUGGAUUUAGUCCUAUCAGUAAUGCCUAUAAAGUACUUCUGUUUGUGCCUGUAAUCGAUGAACCUGACAAAGUGGAGGUAAAGGUUUUGACUCUUGGCUCGUGGAUUUGGAGAAGCAUUGGGAAUUUUGUGUACUCUCUUCGUUUUCCAUCACGUAAUGGCGGGAUUUAUCUUAAUGGUUUUCUUCACUGGAUUGGUGGCUCUGUUGACGGCUCUCGUAUAAUUUGUGCUUUCGACGUUGAGAGGGAGUGUUUUCAAGAGUUACCCCUGCCACCUUCUCGAUGCGUCGCUACUUUAAACCUCAGAAUCUUGAAAGAUUGGCUCUCUGUAACAGUUUGCUCUUAUACCAAAAUCAUUGUUUGGGUGCUGAAGGAUUACGGCUGUAACGAGUCUUGGACCAAAGAGUUGGAAAUAAGCGGCACCACUCUGUAUUUUAAACAAGUGAUAGAACACACAGAAGAGGGGAAAGCGUUAUUGCUUGAUAAAAUAAGACUUGCACUUGAGGUGUAUACUCCUGGAAGAAAGGGUCUUGAUCAGAUACUCGAGGUAGACAGUCUCUCAAGGGCUUCAAUAUUUCCUUACAUUCCAAGCUUUGUCUCAAUUGGAGAUAUCACCGGGUGUCCGAGCUCGAAAUCAUCUAGUUAAAGCAUUCUUUUGAUCUUUCUAUCAUCGGGCGUCGGAGCACGAAAUCAUCUAGACGAUAAAAAUAAACUUCUUAAUUUUUAUUUUUUGUUUAUUAUACCUUUUUCGCCUAUUUUGUUGGCAGAAGCAAUAAAUAAUUUUAUGGAAGAGGAGGAAAGGUCUCA